CAGGACGCUCGUCCAAUGAGCCGCGGCCAUCUGUGCAGCGCUCGGCGCAGUGGAAGUUGUCGGGUUACGUCUCCUCCGCUCUUUAUCUACCGGCCACGGCUGCGCCUCCGCCGCCCCUUCAGCUCCCCGCCGCCCUGCCUUCGGCUCCCCGCCGCCCUGCCUUCGGCUCCCCGCCGCCGGACACGAGCCGCCGACAUGAAGCUUCCCGGGGCUCUUCUCGCGGUCUUCGCGUCCAUCGCCGUCACCACGGACGCCGCCGUCCACUUCAAAGAGCAGUUCCUGGAUGGAGAUGGAUGGACGAGCCGGUGGCUCCCGUCGAAGCACAAGUCCGAUUACGGCCAGUGGAAGCUGACCGCUGGCAAGUUCUAUGGUGAUGCUGAAGCCGAUAAAGGUGUUCAGACGAGCCAGGACGCCCGCUUUUACGCCCUGUCCGCCCGCUUUGAGCCCUUCAGCAACGAGGGGAAGACCCUGGUCGUCCAGUUCACUGUCAAGCAUGAGCAGAAGAUUGACUGCGGAGGAGGCUACGUCAAAAUAUUCCCCUCUGACCUUGACCAGAGUGCCAUGCACGGAGACUCGCAGUAUUACAUCAUGUUUGGGCCUGAUAUCUGUGGAUACAGCACGAAGAAGGUUCACGUAAUCUUGAACUACAAGGGCCAGAACCACCUAAUCAAGAAAGACAUCAAAUGCAAGGAUGACGAGCUGACCCACCUGUACACACUGAUACUGAACCCAGACCAGACAUACGAGGUGAAGAUCAACAACGAAAAGGUGGAGUCUGGCUCCCUGGAGGAAGACUGGGACAUGCUGCCCCCGAAGAAGAUCAAGGACCCCGAGGCCAAGAAACCCAGCGACUGGGAUGACCGGGCAAAGAUCGACGACCCCAGUGACGCCAAGCCUGAGGACUGGGACAAGGCAGAGACCAUUCCUGACCCUGAUGCCACGAAGCCUGACGACUGGGACGAGGACAUGGAUGGAGAGUGGGAACCUGCCAUGAUCACCAACCCAGAUUACAAGGGAGAGUGGAAGCCCAAACAGAUUGACAACCCUGACUACAAGGGAGCCUGGGUCCACCCUGAGAUCGACAACCCAGAGUUCACUCAAGACGCUACCAUGUACAAGUUUGACAAGAUCGGAGUACUGGGCCUGGAUCUGUGGCAGGUAAAAGCUGGCACCAUCUUUGACAACUUCCUGAUCACUGAUGAUGUCAAAGAAGCUGAGGAGUUUGGGAAGGAAACAUGGGGAGUUACACAGGAACCAGAGAAGAAGAUGAAGGACGAGCAGGAGGACAUCGACAGGAAACUUAGGGAGGAGGAGGAGAAGAGCCAGAAGAAGGAUGUUGAAGGCGACGGGGAGGAAGGGGAGGAGGAGGAGGAGGAAGAUGGUGAGGAGGAGAAUGAGGAGGAAGAGGGCGAGCAUGAUGAAGAGACGGAUGAGGAUGCUGGGACAGAAGAGGAGGACGGUGAUGUGAAAGAGAAGGAUGAGUUGUAGAGCGGAGGGCCCGAUGGCCCGACUGCUCUGCUUGUCUCUGCAGGUUCAAACUAACGACACACACAGAGUGAAAGCCCUCUGGACUCUGGCCUUUCAUACAGCAGCCUUUUAUUCAGGGGUGGGGGUGGGGGGUGGUGGCUGGGGUCUGAUAAGAUUUAUUUUUUAUUGAUUCUCUUGUUUUUUUUUUUUAAAGUCUUCAGACUAUAGAAGGGAGAAGGGUUUACCUGUUGUUUUUUCAUCAGUCACGUCUUGCAGUCACUCACAGAGCCAGUUCUUUUUCAUUAUUGCUUUUCUUGUUCGCAUGUUCAGUAAAUUGAGGAUCUAUGAUGUUCAGUUCAUGCACUAUUUUCCCCCUCUCCUGUGUAGUACCGUUGGUUUUUGAAGUAAUCUCAUUCAUAAUUUAUUUAAUAAUUUCAUGUAUUUCCUGAAAACACAAAGCUCUGAUUUACAUUGGUCCUCCCCCCAACUCUGCGUGUGUGUGUGUGCACUCGUGUAUGUCUGCAUAAAACAAACUGUGAUUUUUACAAUCAUCUUCUCAUUGUUCUGGAUGAUGAGUGUCCCGUGGGUGCACACUGUUUAGUUUUUGUUUUGGUUACAGUGAAUAAAUUGAAGCUUCUCUCAA